AUGGCUACGUCAAAACCAAGCACUCGCCUCAAAGAGAGGAGCAGCCUCGUCUCCCACGCUCGUAGCACCACCGACGAUGGUGCACGUCGGCGACGAGCCUCGGUCCCCAAUUCUCCUGACCGAGAGGCCCGGCCGCCGCAGUGCAAGACGCUGACGAGAUCGAACAGCGACGUCGGCAAGAGAGAGAAGAGCGUUAUACACCGACCCUCCACUGCUGGUGCCAUUGUCAAUGUCACCAGAUCACGUCUGCCUGCAAGAAAGCCCAUCGAGAAACCUCCGUCGCCCUCCCACCCGUCUCAAAGAACACCGCCGUCGGGCGCCGUCAAGGAGAGAGCUCUCAAGAAGACUCCCUCCUCCAUACCACGAGCUGCUAUCUCCUCAAAGCCGGCCGGUACAUCGAUCUCCUCAAAGCCGACCGGUACAUCGAUCUCCUCAAAGCCGACCGGUACAUCGAUCUCCUCAAAGCCGGCCGGUAAAUCGAUCUCCUCAAGGACAGCCGGUACAUCAAGUAAAGCAGCAACGACGCUCAAGACCGCGAGGACGCAGCCAACGGUGAGAGCAAGGAGUCCAGGGAGUGUCAUCCCCAAAAGAAAGGAGACGACGAGCGUUGCUGCUCCAAGCACACACGAGGAGCCAGUCGUUGCAGCUGAGCAAGACGAGAAAGUGGCACCGCCAGCCCGGGUCGAAGAGAAAGAACCUGUAAGCGUGCCGUCGUCGGAAGAUCUCAUAUCUGAUGAACCGAUGGACAUCGUCGAGGACGAAGAAGUUCUUGAAGUCACUGAGCAAUAUGAACCAAUCUCUCCCGAGCAAGCGCCUCCGCCCACUCCAGUUGACGAUGGGAACGGUGGUGAUCAUGGUCGAGACGAAGAGCAGGACGGCGCCAACGACGAUGAGCUCCCGCAGGGCUCCGAAGAGGAGUCGGUUGCAGAUAUCACCGAUGAGGAGCCUGAAGAAGAACCAAGCGAGACCGUGGAGCAGGAAGAUGAGGCGGAGGAGGAGGACAUCAAGACGCCAGAGGCAGAGCCGAGCACCGCAUCGGCCGUGCCGGAGAAGGAGACCGUGGAGGAGAAAGCAGGGGAGGAGGCGCCGACAGUGAAGACUCGCAAGAAGCCGGCGGUGGCGCAGGAGGAGAAAAAGGAGACGCAGAUGAGCAACGAAGUGAUCGAGCAGACGAGGAGCAGGCUGUUGGAGAAGCAGAAGAGCAGGGUGAGGGCUUUGGUGGGAGCCUUCGAGACCGUCAUGGCGCUGCAGGACCCUGGAGGUCAAACUUGUCAACAAAACCAUUACAACGCGACAAAAGAGUCAACAGAGUCAACCUAG